UAAUUAAUGUAGUCUUUAUAAAUAGUGAUGAACUAUGCGACUAAAAUUGGGGCAGUACAUAUUACAAAAAAUAAAACUGGUGUUGCUAAACGGUGCAGGCUGAACAGAUGAAUUAAGACUAUUGUAAGGUGAAUAUACUAAAACUAGUAGUAAUGGAGCCUUUCACCAAGCUGGCAGAGAAUGAGACUGCUCAGUUACAGAGAGCAGUAUUUGCCCAGUAUAUUAUGAUGAAGAAAUUAUUCAUGGAGCUAGAAGAGGAAAGGGAGGCUUCAUCAAGUGCUGCAAGCGCUGCCCUGUCAAUGAUUAGAAAACUUCAGAAAGAAAAGGAGGCAGAGAGAAUGGAAGCAUGUCAGUACAGAAGAAUGGCUGAAGAAAGGAUGAAUCAUAGUGACAAAGCCCUGGAAGUCGUGAAGGAAGUCAUGCAGCACAAGGAACUGGAGAUCUAUUAUCUCAGGAGCCAACUGCAGGUGUAUAAACAAAGGUUACUGGGUGUUGGUAUUGAUGAUUGUGAUAUUGCAGACGAGACGAUAACAAAAAGUAUACCUUUGUUUGGAAGCAGAGAUGUAGAGAAUCUUUGUUAUACCAUCAAAAGGAAUUUCUCUCUUCCAACUUUUCAGUUGAGCAAACGUUUUGCUGAAAUGGACAUGAACAAAAACAACGGAUCGGUUGCGUCAGCGAGGAGCAGGCUAGGUGUUUACAUGCACAACUCUAGUGAAAAUGAACUGGAACAAGUUUCCAGCGACCUGAAAGCCAUAGGUUCCAAGGAAAGCUUAGCAGCAGAUAUGGACAGUACUGAAAAGCAUGGGGAAGAACCAAAACCUCCAAGCAACAGUGGUACUGAACACUCUUGUCCAUCCGAAGGGUCUUCUCGUUCUUCCCCCUUCUCAAUGGCGGGGCAUCACACAGAUAUAUGCAGUCAAAGAGCAACACCGGUUGGCAAAGAUGUCCAAGACACGCUACAUCCUGAUCCACUCGGGUCAUUGCGUCCAGACCAUGAAAUGGAUAACACUGCUGACACACUAAAGCAUCCAGAACUAAGCAAGGCGCCGGCAGAAUACUCAUGUACUCCUACUAAACAUAGCAUCAGCACAAAGGAAUCUGAAACGCCUCACACGGUUGCUCUAAGAGAUAAAGGGUCCCAUGUUCUUUCGAAGUUUUCAGCGACGCGAAAAGUUGGCUCCAUGAAUAACGUUGACAGACAUGUCCGUGUAGCUGCGGCGAGUUCUACGCCACGAGCUGGAGUCGAGAGAACAAGAUCAAGGCUGAAGCGUGUUCAGAGUGAAAAGAUGAUUGAGCUAAAUGAUCCUAAGAAGAACAAGGAGCAGAUCAUAAUGCUCAAGGAGGUAUACGAGCAGCUUAACAUGAUAGAAGCACACAUGAGACCUUCCCCUUCACAGGAGACCCCUAGAAAUGACCAGUCGUUGGAUUCUGUUAUGGAGGCGGCUCUGUCCUUCUCCAUAUAG